AUGGUCCCACCCAACGGCCCCCCAACGGCCCCCGCCCGUGGCCAGGGGCCCUGCCCCGUCCCACCUGCCAGCUCCCGGAUGGAGGUAAUGGCCGGGUCAGCGGCCACGGAGGUGGAUGAAGAAUACCUACCCCAAAUGGUUGAGCAAAACAAAAUGCUGAAAGAAAAAUUAGUAUCUCGUCUCCGGUUUGAACCAGAGAGGACAGAAGUACUGUGUAUGGUAAAAGGCAGGUGUAUUGUGUGUGAACCAGCUGACAGCAGUGAAAAAGACAACAGUGAACUGUCAUCCUCAGUAGAGAAGAAAUACCCUAUUCUUCGCACAGCAGUUUACAGAGCAAGCACAGAAAGGAACCAAAAUGCAGCAAUAAAAGAGGAAGGCGUGUGUUUUGGAAAUGUACUCUCAAGAGUACAUAAGGAGGGAAGAAAAGAAUCUGUUUGCCAACCCACUAGCAUGUCAGAGCAUGAGACAAUGAUGUUAAAAAGGAGCAUAACAAAACCAGUGUCCUUAACGUCAAAGAAUGAGAAUUUGAAAAAGACACUUCCUACAGCUUCUUCUGGCAAAGGAGUUCAGCAUGGUCUUGGCACACCACCUUCAUUUGCUGUACAUGUUGCAGAUAAUAUUAGAAGGACUGAAAUGCAAACAGCUGUUUUGGAACCGAGUUGCCAUAAAAAGAUUUGUGAGCAACCAAAAGUUGAAAGACCUUCUAAAAAGCCUUUGAGAGCAAAAGUUUAUUCUUACGAUAGAACAGAACCAAUUGAUGAUGAUGUUAUAAAGCAUAUUUUGAGGCUUCGAGGCAAACUUGGCUGGCAAACAAAGUUACCAUCAUGUGAACGGUUAGCUAGAGAAGCUGAUGUGGCCAGACUUCAGAAGUUUACACUUACGAAACCUUUACUGCUAGAAGAUAGUGGGGAAUACAUAUAUUGUCUUCAACGAAACAGGAACAACUUUAAAGCUCCCUACAACCCAUACGAUUUACAGGCUGUCUCUACGAAUACAGCUAUGCAAAACAAAGAAUAUUGGACUGUUACAGCUUCAUUUGUGUCUAAG